AUACUGGCUUCACGUUUCCUUCCUUUGGCUCGUGGUGGCUCCUCAACCAAUAAUGUGUCAAGCGGUAGACUCUCAGAAACAAGAAGUAUGGCGGCGUCUGAUGUAGAUAUCAGUAGCUCAAUUGAUCAAAACGAAGAUAGAGUUGAUGAAUUAACCGACGAGGAAUUAUAUAAUCUUGUAGAAGAAACAUUGCAAGCAAACAGCAUACUGAAAAAUGAAGCAAAUAUGUUCGAAAAAUAUCUAAAAAGAGUGGAUAACAAAUAUGGUGCUAGUACAAGUGCCAUGUUUGUGCAGACUGUCCAAGAACAAACAACUUCUCGAACAUUCAAAAAACGGACAAGAUCUAGAGGACUAUCUGUUGAUAAAAGUUUAAAGCUUACUGCUGAACAAAAAUGUGAUAUUGCGCAAAGAGAACUAGAGGAACUGAAAGAGGAAAUGGAAAAACUAAGGGAUAGUUCCGAAAAGAUUCUUGAUAACUACAAGGCAAUCAUGGAAGAAGCAGAUCUCCAGACUGCAGAAAUGAAGAAAUCAUGUUAUGAGUUUAACAGAGAUAUUGUCCAAGGAUCUGUAAAUUUAAGAACAAACAAGAUCAUAGCUGAGAAAGUUGUUCGAUAUUUUGAAGAUAAGAUAAGAAACAGAGAUACUCUCAUUGAAAAACUACGAUUGAAGAACUCAACAUUUCGUGUCCAGAAGAAAAAGUUACAAAUGCAACUGAAGCAGAAGGAAGAAAUGGGAGAAGUUUUGCAUGAAGUAGAUUUUAAUCAACUGAAGAUUGAAAAUCAGCAGUAUUUAGAAAAAAUUGACGACAGAAAUAAAGAUCUCUUGAGACUUAAACUUAUGGCGGGAAAUGUACUUCAAGUUUUGAAUACUUACAAGAAAAAAUUGCACAGCCUCACAGAAGAAUCGGCUCAAUUAAAGCAUGAAAUAGCUUCAAGAAGUGAGCUUUCUUCAAAAAUUGAUGUGGAAACACAACUUGUUGAAAAGGAACGAGUAAAAGCACUAGAGUUAAAUCAAAGACGGAGGCAGCAACUUAAUGACUAUAAAGUUCCUCAGGUUUUAGAGUAUGUUAGAGAGAGAGCUAGUCUCUAUGAACUCAAUAAAACUGUGAAAAUGUGGGAAAGAAAAGUGGAAAUUGCUGAGAUGGCAUUAAAAACCUACAGAAAAAUGUGGAAACAAAUACAGUUACAUACAUCGACUGAUUCAUGGUUUAAGAAUGAAAGACACGAAGCUCAGAGAACGUGAUUGUUUAUUCAAAUAUUUUAUUCUUAAUUUUGUAAAUUUAUGAAAAUAAUAGAAAAAUUAAAUUAUUA